GCAGCUGAGGAGCUUUUGACAGAUCUGGUCACGUGAGCUGGUCGAGUUGAUCAUCAUGCUAAGUUUAUUAAUGUUACCGCUGGCCAUAAUGACUGCUGUGAUGGCAACCGGCGGCAACAAACAGUCCGCACAAACUACGGUAAGCUCGUAUAGAAAACUUUACAUAAAUUUUUUUCAAGGGCGUAGCAUGAGAUUUUGUAGCUGUACUUACGCGGGGAAGAAAAGUUGUAGUGCCAAAGGCGGCCCACUGUAGGGAGAUCUGGGGGUGUGCUACCCCAGAUCUUUUAAAAUUUAGGGUCUUGGAAAUGCCACUUCCAUUGUUUUCUGCAGGAUAUUUUCAGUAAAAUUUAUACUUAGGAAAAUGCAAUCAGUUGUGUAUUUUUCCAAUCUCCAGUGUUGUCGGUAAGGUACAGUGUUUACGGGAAAAAAGGCUAGUGACGUCAUCAGAAUUAUGGGAUAAUAAAAUGAUAAACGAAAUACUAACACAUAGACACCAAUCAGUAGUGGCGAAAAAUGUUUCAUUCACUCCGAUAUAAUGAUAAAAAAAAAUGCUUUUUCAGGAAAUAAAAAUAUAUUUUUAUUAUACCGAGUCAUUUGACAUGAGAUAAUGUUCCUUAGCGCGACCGAGAGCUGUACGUGGCGGCGUGCUCGUUUUCUGAAGAGUUUCGUAAUCAAAGACUGACUCAAAUUUGGUUGGAGUAAAUUUGGCUACUAAAGGUGACGAACUUUAUUCUCAAGAUCUGCCAAUAUACCAUACACAAAUAUCUCUUCAGCAAAGGUGUGGAAAAAAACCGCCACCAAAUAGGUCGAUACAGUUACACAAAGUAAAUAAUCAGAGCACAGGCAGGCAGCAGGGGAGGUGGUGGAAAAUUGCGAGAAUUCAGUUCCAGCCAACUGAUGUGCACUGUUGUGAUAGUGAGCAGUCUAAAGGGGCGAGCACAUAGUAAAGCACGGUUAAGAACUAUUGUCACCUGGAACGACCUAGAUUCUAAUUGGUUAGAAACCAGAUACGCUCCAUACCUGCCGCCUGAGCCUCAGGUCCCUUGUCUAAGUAAAUGCCUUGUCAUAAAAUCCCAUUAUGAUGACCUCUUAAUGGUUUCUUUUUUCCCCCUAUACAUGUACGCAGGGGCGUACGUGAGUAUAUGGACGCGAAGUCGCUACGCCCCUGACAUUUGACAAUAGGGAGCUUAAGCAACGACGACGGCGACGUCAACGAGAACGGCAAAAAAGCAAUAGGUUUGUUUUGGCAAAACAACAACUCUGCACGUGCAUCACGCUUUUUUCAACAUUUCUUUGCCGUCACUACACGACCACGACUUGAAAAUGCCUAAUGUCACGCUUGUGGAGGACUUGAAGACAAGACAAGGACUUUCUCGAUCUUUCUUUUCCUGACCUUCGGUACAGAGUUUUAGAGUGAAACUCCAGAAAUCGUUGCCAACAUUUGACGAAAUAAACGAGAUGAAACAAGAGCAAUAAAGUUUAACUAAUCGCGACCUUACUUCAUUUUCGCAGCCGUCGCCGUCGUUAUUAGGGACCUUAAGAUCCGAGGACGGCAACGGCACAGAAAACGUCGCUGAAAAAGUGAAUUCGUGUUCUUUCAAUUUUCAUCGUGAUUACUCCAGGUCACUAACUUUUUCCAAUGUAGGUGAACCCUCCUAAAGUUGAAUUCCUAAGAGCCAUAUCCAAGUGCAGAAAGAUAGAGGAAAUUUCGUCGUCGCUUGUGUCUUCUUCUGUACAACGUGAAAUUAGGCAUUUUCACCUCGUAGUCGUGCAGUGAAGGCAAAGAAAUGUACAAAAAAGCGUGAUGCACUUGCAAAAUUGUUGUUUUGCUAAUUAAACCUAUUGCUUUUGUGGCGUUCCCGUUGCCGUCGCCGUCCUUGGAUCUUAAGGUCCCUAUUGCUUAAGCUCCUUAAUAAAGCUAUGAGAGGGGAAGAUAAAACCUAUUUAAGAAGCAGGCAGGAAAAGCGAACACAUGAAAAUGGUAAAUUCCACUUUUACUGAAUCUGAGACCUUAGGAAAUUCAAAGUUUCAGUUGAAAGUUCGUUGGAGAAGCAUUUUUUUUUUAGAUAAGGUAAGCUAUAGCUGUUUCUACUAAAAGUACGUACACAUAAAGGCUUUUCUGCCUUUCAGCUUUUUGCAAACUAAACCUGAGUACAAUCAGGAUUAAUCAGUCGAAGGAUAACAUACACAUGUAUUUUUAAUAAUUUUAAAUAUUUUCUUGUUUAAAAAUAGCAGUCUCCAUCGUUUUGUUAUGGUGGUUGUGGCCUUCCUGGCGUGCCCGGCAAGCAUGGUACUCCUGGGGCACCAGGCCGCGUCGGACGUGAUGGACGUGAUGGCCGUGAUGGAGCUAAAGGUGAUCAAGGAUUGCAGGGGAAGACUGGACCUCAGGGACCUCCUGGUGAUAAGGGACCUGCUGGUGCAAAGGGAAAAGAAGGGGCUAAAGGAGAACCUGGAGCCCAGGGUCCUCCCGGUCAAAUAUGGGAACUUAGCCCGAUGCCCUUUAAGAACUGGAAAGAAUGUGUCUGGAAAAACUUGAAUGAUAAUAGGGACAGUGGUCUUGUCAAGGUGAGUCGUGUAUUUGCGAUUGAUCGGCAUAAAAUUAUCAAAUUUGCACCCAACAUAGAGCAUGCAGCAGCCAUUUUCCGAAAAUCCUUUUGAUUGCCAGUGCAGAUACCAACAAACAGCUAUUGGCUUCUGGCAUGCUCUCUUAUAAAACCACAUCCUCUAUAUAGCGUCCUAGUUACACACGUAGGCUUGUAUAAAUUCUGUGGGCAGAAUUUCGAGCGCAUAAGGCACUCUUUCGAGCAUUAUCAACAGUUGGUUAUUAUCAAAACUUUUAAAAAAUAGUGAAAAUAGUAAUUGCAAAAUAAGAUUAACAUAGGAUUAAAAAAAUACUGUUUCAACUAAUCCGAGCAAAACCAGGCGAUGAAUAGCCUGCGUAGCAGAUGUUUGAAAGGGUGGGGGAGCGGAAUUCCGGGCGCGCGAUAAUCGCGAAAGUCAGUCCCCCGUGCGCGGUCUCGCUCCCAAAUUCCCUUCCACUUCACUUACGAACGCCUGUCACCCUGGCUAUGCAAUAAAAUGCAAUUUCGUUAUGCGUCAAUGAGAGUUAUGUCCUUUUUCCCUGCCAUGUUUGCAAAAUUCAAAAUGCCCGAAGGCCUGGAAUUCUUUUCCCGGCAUCCGGCACAAUUUAGCUAAUUCGUGUUUCGGUCUACCCGGUCGUCUUUCUCCAGGCGCGCCCUCGUUUUGUUUGGGGGUAGGGUUAACUACUCCUCACCGUAAAAUAUGAUGCAGUUACUAAAACUACGGUGACAAUCACUUCUCUCGCGCCGUCCCCACCAUCUAAACGCCUUCAUGGAACAGGCUAUAUUAAAAAUAACUCUAGGACGGUGAUAUUAACAAGUUCAAGCGACUGGGUGAGACCAAUUUUUAUUUUUUGCAAACUUCAAUUUAAAGAAACUGACUACGCUUGUAAAGUUUUCAAGAAUGUCACGAUUUUCAUCAGUGUUUCGGGUAAAACUUUGAGGGUUUGGCAUAACAGAUGCAUGCUUGUGUGUGUGAUUACUGAACAGCUCUGAACAAAAAGGGUUAACGUGCAACGGUUUCUCUGGCCUGUAUCUCAUGGUAAGACUCUCAGCCUAGUCUCUGCUACUAACAAGGACGUUUCAUCUCUCAGUUGACUCUGAAGACUUAUGCGCCGAUCAAUUCCAAACUUUAACAUCCCAAAGCAACCCCCUUGGCAUUUGAACUUUUUAAGGCAUGCCUGGUCAGAUUCUUCUUUUCUCCUCAGCAGAGGCUCCCGCUGGGUAUCCCAUUGUCCCACGCGCACUUCCUUUUUAUCUCUCCCCAGCUUCCCUACGAUACAAAGAGGUCUUUGCGGAUGAGAGAGAAAUUAUCCUUACAAAUUACCCCAAGGUAGUGGUCAAAUGCCUCUCUCGAAGAGGAAAUGUUUUGCAAAUUAUAUGGUGUGUGGAUUAAUGAAAAGUAAAUGUUUCGGACGUCUUAAAGCAAGUCGGGCUUAUAUCUCCCAGUGAUAAUAUACUUUGUAUUAAAAAAGGAGGGAAAUUGGGGUCAUGGUAACAAAACUGGAUACAUGUAGCUUUUGAAGUCCUUGUCGAACAAGCCAUUCGUUUACAAAAGAUGUGUCUUAAACUUUAAAGUCUUCCAUCUAAAGAUCGCAUCUAUCGAACUACGUUGUUAGACGCCGGAUCUUAAAAAGAAUUUAACUUGAGGCUUGCGGUUCAAAUUCACCAUCCCCGGGCACAAGGGAUGGUCAAAUGCCCGGGGUUUGCCGGGGAAUGUUAAGGUUUUGAAUUGGUCGGCACAUACGAUUUCCAGCAACCAAUACGCGUGACAUCUGGAAUGUCAAAGAUCUAGCUUAAAACGGUCUCUAACGCUGGAUGAAGAAUUUAAUGAAGAGUUGUGGAGAGGAGGACAAGCCAUUGACGGGGUCACCGUUUCUACGGGCUGCGUUGACGGGGCCAAGUUUAAAACCUAAGGGUGCUUGAUCAUGGUGGAUCUAUUCCUAGCCAGCAAAAUCUUGUAUAGCAAAUUAAGAAAUGCAUAAAGUAAGCCUGACUACAGCGCUAUUGGAUUACAUUAGUCCCUUUUUCCAAAAAAGGAUAAAUUCAACCUCCCAGCUGUGGAGUCAGCCUUGCCUCUUCAUUUAUCAACUGAUUUAUUUGUCUGUCCACAACGACCACAACCAAUAUUGCGCACUAGGCAGUUGCUAUUAGAUCUAAGCUAGAUCUAGGUUUUGGAUGUCAUGGAACAUGGAACAACGUGUUGCCGAGCCUCUUCAUUAAUAGAUUUCUGUCAAAUUUUUGGUAUUUUUUUUUGCAGGACUGUGUUUUCACCAAAAACUUUUCUGAUACUGCCCUUCAUGUUUACUGGACGGGUGCACUAAGAAUUGCCAGCUGCAAUAACUGCUGCAAACGUUGGUACUUCACUUUCAAUGGCGCUGAAUGUUCUGCUCCUCUGCCCAUUGACGGAGUUGUCUACAUGGCGACGGGCGGUAAUAAAAAUCUCCAUCGCGUCCGCCAUAUUGAGGGACACUGUAAUAACAUCCAUAAAGGAAAGGUGCGCGUGGGAUUCUGGAUCGGCAACUGCGCUUCAUAUGGAAACGCUGAUGGCUACACAGGAUACAACUCAGUGUCCCGUAUAUUUGUUGAAGAAGUUCCUAAAGCUCAAGCUUAAAAGUGACUUUAGAUUAAAGUGACUCAUGAGAUCAUGAGUUAUUAUGAGUUCUUAUUCUACAGAAAGUAAAAAUGGAUAAAAGACUUUGAAAGAGAGUGAGUGGUUUCGACCCCUACGUGGUUGGGUAGUCUGUUGAUAUUUUUAUAAUAGUUUUAGACAGUAGUGCUUCAGAUUGUUAAAAACUAUAACUCAAAAGUCCGGGAUUUGAGCAUGAUCUAUUAACAUAUGAUUAAGACGUUUAUUAAAGUGUAUAACUAAAAAGGACCGUUUGCUGUUUGAGCUUAUUUAAUUAUUUCUUAUUCAAAGCAAUUCUUCUUAAGUUUUGAAAUAGCAGGGACCGCGGAGGGGGAGGGGCUGGUAGGGCCGCGGCCCCACCACCUUUUUGCGUCCCCGCCCCCACUUUUUGCGCUAAAGGAAAAAUAAUUAAAUUAAAAAAAAAAAAAAAGACUUGAAACAAGUUUUUUCCGUCCAUAUUCCGCUUUAAUUUCAAACGCCAGGCAUUUGAGGGGCUCCUGUGCUUUUCGCAGUAAUUGUUCCCUUGGGCCGACUUGCCCCUUGAUUAAACACCAUGCCUUGGCCACCUCUUCGCUUCGUUCGGCAGCGUGUUUUGUACUUCCAGCUUCGGCAGAGUUUUUUAUCAGUUUUAUCAGACGAAAUGAAGAGAAUUACUAGCUUUUUCAAGCCAAACGAAGGUGAGUAGUUGUUUUGAGUUGAUAAAAGUUUUAUAUUUUUUCUUUCUCCUUCCGAAUCAAUGAAAUAUUCGAUGGCAAGAAGAAUUACAUUACUUGAACAGUGAAGGGCCAUAGUUAGAAAUUUUUCAGAUCACGUCAGUGUAGUAUUUUCUAUACUAAAAUUGUAAUCCCGUCUUUUCUUUCAUUGAAUCUGAUUUGACCGUGUAUGUUGGUCGUUUAUUAGACUUAUCUGGGACUUCGUCAAAGUCUGUAAGCUGUGUAGAAAAGACGACAACUACUUGCAGUGAAAAUGAUGAGUUUGAGUUUGACCAGUAAACAUACAAAUACUAUGAUUUUAUUCCUUUUAUUCCUUUUUUCGAUUUUCAAUAUGAAAAAAAUAUUUCCAAUUGUCAGCCCUCCCACUUUUCACCUUGCUCCGCGGUCCCUGAAUAGAGAGGUUUAAUAACUGACCUGAAAGUAUAUGAUCAAACCUCAACAUUUCUCGCCAGUAGACUAAAAGCAGAGAAUUGACUUAGGUUGCUUUCGAAGUUUGAGGCAACUCUUAUAAGUUUAGUAAUCGCGGAGGGAACAUUUUAUUAUGUUUACUCUUGUGAUAGCUAAGGACAGCUAAUUGUAUGGCUGAGAGUUUUGGUUAAAAGCUCCCCAUUUCAGUACCAUUUAGCAACUGAAAAGUGCUCGCUAAUAAGUCGUCGUUCUUUUUUUUCGC